AUGUCGAAGUCCUUUUAUAUCACUACCCCUAUCUUUUAUCCUAAUGGCAAACUACAUUUAGGUCAUGCUUAUACUAUGGUUAUGGCUGAUAUUAUCGUUCGCUAUAAAAAAAGUAAGGGUUAUUUAGUUUACUUGCAAACUGGUAGUGACGACCAUGGUGAAAAAAUUGAAAAAAAAGCAAUUUCACUAAAUUUAUCUCCCCAAGAAUUAGUUGACAAAAAUGUUUUGCUUUUUCAACAAUUAUGGAAAGAGUUAGGAAUUUCCAAGCACACUUUCUAUCGCACUUCUUCUCCUCUUCACAAAGAAAAAGUUCAAAAAAUUUUUACUAAAUUAUUAGAAAAAGGUGAUGUUUAUUUAGGCGAAUAUCAAGGAAAGUAUUGUAUUACUUGUGAGGAUUAUGUUAGCGAAAGCAAAAUUGUUAACCAAAACCUUUGCCCUAAUCCUGAUUGCCAAGUUGAAUUACGAACAAUUAACGAACCGGCUUACUUUUUGCGAGUUAGUAAAUAUUAUUCUCGAUUAAAAGAGUAUUACCAGCAAAAUCCGGAUUUUCUUUUACCUGACCAAGCCAAAAAAGAACUUUUUAGCAAUUUCUUAGACCAGAAUGCUUUACUUAACUACCUUAAUUCUGACCCAGGAGAAAAAUUUUUCCUUUCCUCUUUUUCCGAAUUUUCUGAUAAAAAUGAAAUCAGCAAUGCCAAAGAAGUCUCGUGUGUGGCUAUCCAAGAUAAAAACAAUAAUUACCUUUUGGUUUACAAUAAAAAAUACCACCAUUGGCAAUUUACUGGUGGCGAAUUAGAGCAAGGGGAAAACGCUGAGGAAGCAGCGAAAAGAGAGAUAUUUGAGGAAACUAAUUUAGUAAUUAAGGACUUAGAAAAAAUUGCCGAAGAGAAUUUUUAUGUUAAUGACAUUUGGUGA